AUGUCACCACCACCACCGCUAGAUACUAACCUUCUUAUGGUACAGAAUGGGCCUCCUCGCACGUCUCACUCCAUGGAUGAGGAGACUCUACGCCCGAGGUCUGACUCGACUAUCUCCAACGCCAACACCUAUGUAAGAUCGAGAACCAACUCCGAGGCCACCACCGCCGUCACCAAGUUCGCCAGUGCGGCACCCAGCGCAUCGGACUAUGACGAUGUGCAUGAGGCCGAUGCCCUGAAUCCGGACCCGCGGAAUCAGCAGGAUUUCGUGGUCCAGGACAACCGAUUCGCCUUUUCGCCCGGCCAGCUCAACAAGAUGCAGAACCCUAAGUCUCUAGCAGCCUUCCGCGCGCUUGGUGGUCUGAAUGGUCUGCAACGGGGCCUGCGGACGGACUUGACGUCGGGAUUAUCAGUGGAUGAGACCCAUCUCGAUGGGACGGUCGCCUUCGAGGACGCGACUUCAACCUCUUCCCCGGAGCACGCAAAGCAGCAACAGCACUCGCCGCCUCCCGACGUACCGGCCGCCGAUGCCGCCACACAGUUCCACGAUCGAAUCCGCGUUUUUAGCCAGAACCGACUACCCGCUCGCAAAUCGACCGGCUUCUUCAAGCUGCUGUGGAUGGCUUACAACGAUAAGAUCAUCAUUCUCUUAACGAUCGCCGCCGUCGUGUCCCUCUCACUUGGCGUCUACGAGACCGUGAGCGCCGGCCACGGCGUCGACUGGAUCGAGGGCGUCGCCAUCUGCGUGGCUAUCAUCAUCGUGACUGUCGUGACCGCCGCCAACGACUGGCAGAAGGAACGCCAGUUUGCCAAAUUAAACAAACGGAACAACGACCGAGAAGUCAAAGCCAUCCGCUCCGGCAAAGUCGCCAUGAUCUCCAUCUACGACAUUACCGUCGGAGACGUCCUCCACCUAGAGCCCGGCGACUCCAUCCCAGCCGACGGCAUCCUCGUCUCAGGGCACGGCGUCAAAUGCGACGAGUCGUCCGCGACGGGCGAGUCGGACCAGAUGAAGAAGACGAACGGCCACGACGUCUGGCGGCAGCUUUCCGACGGCUCCGCCAAGAAGAAUCUCGAUCCGUUUAUGAUUUCCGGGGCUAAAGUGCUCGAGGGUGUCGGCACUUAUGUCGUGACUAGUGUUGGUCCGUAUUCGACUUAUGGCCGUAUCUUGCUGUCGUUGCAGGAGGCGAAUGAUCCGACGCCUCUUCAGGUUAAGCUGGGGGGCUUGGCUAAUUGGAUUGGAUGGUUGGGUUCUGGUGCCGCCAUCCUCUUGUUCUUCAUUUUGCUCUUCCGCUUCUGCGCUGAGCUUUCUAAUAAUCCGGCAUCCCCCGCUGUUAAAGGAAAGCAGUUCGUAGAUAUUCUUAUUGUUGCCGUCACGGUCAUUGUUGUCGCCAUUCCCGAGGGCCUUCCAUUGGCUGUCACCCUGGCCCUUGCCUUUGCUACCACGCGCAUGGUCAAAGAGAACAACCUUGUUCGUGUGCUCCGGGCCUGCGAGACAAUGGGCAACGCAACAGUGAUCUGCUCCGACAAGACGGGAACGUUGACCCAGAACAAAAUGACGGUGGUGGCGGGGACUCUGGGUCCUCAUCGAUUCAACCAGAUCCCACUGGAGGACUCCCCUGAAGCUUCGAUGAGCGUGACUGAGAUCUCCAAGCAAUGCUCGCCACGCGUGCGCGAUCUGAUCAUCAAAAGCAUUGCACUGAACUCCACCGCGUUCGAAGGCGAGCAGGAUGGCGCGAAGGAGUUCAUCGGGAGCAAGACAGAAGUGGCCCUGCUGCAGUUGGCGCGAGACUAUCUCGGCAUGGAUGUCACGACAGAGCGUGCGUCUGCGGAUAUCGUCCAGCUGAUCCCCUUCGAUUCGGCGCGCAAGUGCAUGGGUGUGGUGUACCGCGACCCGGUCGUCGGCUACCGCCUGCUCGUCAAGGGCGCCGCCGAGAUCAUGGCUGGUGCAUGCUCGACAAAGGUAGCUCAUAUGGACCAGGAAGGCAUCGCUGUCGACCAAGUCUCGAGUGAGGACCGACGCGCGAUGCUCGAUCAGAUCGAGUCGUACGCCGGACAGUCUCUGCGAACAAUUGGCUUGGUGUAUCGGGAUUUCCCCAAGGUCUCGAGCUGGCCGCCUCAGGAUAUGCAGCGGAUGGAAGACGACGCGUCCUCGGCUGAUUUCACCGAUCUCUUCCGCGAGAUGACCUGGGUCGGCGUCGUCGGGAUCCAGGAUCCCCUGCGGCCUGAGGUGCCGGCGGCCAUCAAGAGAUGCCACGGAGCCGGGGUGCAGGUGAAGAUGGUCACGGGCGACAAUAUCGCGACCGCCACUGCCAUUGCUUCGUCGUGUGGCAUCAAGACGGAGGACGGCGUCGUCAUGGAGGGCCCCAAGUUCCGGCAGCUGACGGACGAGGAGAUGGACCAGGUCAUUCCGCGGCUUCAGGUGCUGGCUCGUUCGUCACCUGAGGACAAGCGUAUACUGGUCGCGCGGCUGAAGCAUCUGGGCGAGACCGUUGCCGUCACGGGCGACGGAACCAACGACGGCCCGGCGCUGAGAACCGCUGAUGUGGGAUUCUCCAUGGGCAUUGCUGGAACCGAGGUGGCCAAGGAAGCCAGCUCGAUCAUUCUGCUGGACGACAACUUCAAGUCGAUCGUCACGGCCAUCUCCUGGGGUCGCGCUGUCAACGACGCCGUGGCCAAGUUCCUCCAGUUCCAAAUCACAGUCAACAUCACCGCCGUGCUCCUGACCUUUGUUUCGUCACUGUACAGCAGCGACAACCAGAGUGUGCUCAACGCAGUGCAACUCCUCUGGGUCAACCUGAUCAUGGACACCUUCGCGGCUCUCGCCCUAGCAACAGACGCCCCAACCGAGCAAAUCCUCGACCGCAAGCCCGUCCCCAAAAGCGCCUCACUCUUCACCGUGCCAAUGUGGAAAAUGAUCCUAGGCCAAGCCGUGUACCAACUCGCCUUGACCUUCAUGCUCUACUUCGCCGGCGAGCGCCUCCUCGCCCCCCUAUUCUACGCCUCAAACGGCCAGUCCACCCCCAGCGCAAACGACAUUCAAAUACAGCUCGCAACAAUCGUAUUCAACUCCUUCGUCUGGAUGCAGAUCUUCAACGAGUUCAACAACCGCCGCCUGGACAACAAGUUCAACAUCUUCGAGGGCAUGUUCCGCAACUACUGGUUCUUGGGAAUCAACUGCGUUAUGAUCGGCGGCCAAGUCCUGAUCAUCUUCGUCGGCAGCACCGCCUUCGGCAUCACCCCGCUCAGCGGCGCCCAGUGGGGCGUUUGCCUCGUCUGCGCCGUCGGUUGUCUCCCCUGGGCGAUCGUCCUGCGCAUCAUCCCAGAUGGACCCUGCGGCGUCGCGCUGGACUACUUCGUCCGCGGCAUGCGGAUCUUCAUGAAGCCUGUUAACAAGAGCGGUCGCUUCAUCGCCGAUACUACGAAGGCUACUUUCCGACCUAUCAACCGCGCACUCCGUCGCAACAAGAAGGACGAAUCUGCGACUCCCCAGGACGAGGAGCAAACCGUUGCUCUUUCUGACAUCAAGCCGGCCCCGAGUCCGACCCCUGAGACAGCAACAGCCCCAUCGGUCACUGUCCCACCGAUCACUAUUACGACCUCUUAA